ACGCUCGUAAACAGAAAUCCGAGGAGGUUACCGUAGUUAAAUUGUCCUUUUAGCGUUUUCCGAAAUACUCACCCUUAUUUGAAAUCCAAACUGUCCAGAGGACAUCAGGAACAGGAUUAAAGGGAUAGUUCACCCAAAAAUUUUAAUUCUCCAAUCGGUGGUCUCCUCUCUUUUCGCCUCAUGCUGUCUCAUACUCUCCGCUGCCUGCGUCCCUCCUCCUGCACUCUUGCUUUAUCCAGACAGCUUGUCCAUCACCGGCCACACAUGGAACCCAGUGGUCCCCGUCCAGUUGAGACCACAGUACGGACCAAACUGACCCAGGCCCUCAAACCUGAGCACCUGGAGGUCAUAAACGAGAGCCACAUGCAUGCCGUGCCGCCUGGUUCUGAAUCACACUUUAGAGUUCUGGUGGUCAGUCCUCAGUUUGAGGGUCUUUCUCUUCUGCAGCGUCAUCGCCUUGUAAAUGACACCCUGCGAGAAGAGCUCAGUACCUGCAUUCAUGCCCUUGCCAUCCAGGCAAAGACACCCCAGCAGUGGAGCAACAACCCCAGCCUGGCCAAAAGCCCUCCGUGUCUAGGAGGAUCCAAACAUGAUAACACAGUGACUGAAAAACUGAAGGCGGUUCGAGACUGAUUGUAGAGAUGCAGUUUGUCAAUUCACAAAUGAUUUAAUGGUAUAAUGAUGAGAUGGGAAAGAGAGAACCAGCUGGUUUGUUGCACAAUGGAAAUGAUUGACAUUAAUAAACACAAUUAUUUAAUAUUGUUUUGAGUGGGUUAAUACUAUUAAGAAACCUCCAGAUUCAUGCUAAAUUUGCUUCAGAAGCAAAUACUUUCGGAUAAUGACUUCGAACUCAGAUGGCACCAGGCAAAUUAGUAUUGCAGUCAUGUGAAUGUGUGGCAACACAUGUGUUUACAAAAUUCCUGAUAAAAAUAUCUGCCAAUGUUAUUAAUAAACUCUUUUAGAGAAGUUAAUUGAGCAGUUAAUAUGUCGGGUUACAUUCCCCCCUCAAAUCUAAAGACAGAAAUUAUAAUUUGCAUAAAGAUUCCCUUGCAUUGUGGCAUUGUUUUCAUGACAAAUUUUAUGUUAGUUCCCAUUAUUCACAGUGAUGAUUCUCAUUACUGCAGUAUCAGCACAAAUGUAAAUUAUUGCAACAAAUACUAGAAAUAUAUAUAUACACUGUACAGUUUAAAGCUUAAGUAUGUAACUUUUCUUUUAAAUACUUCUAGCCAUAAGUAAUCCAUAUAUAAAUUCAUUUUCUCUCAAACUGUAAAAACUGUGGGCCUCAUUCAUGAAAAUUUCAUAAAUAUACGAAAUGUCCAUGUAAAAUGGAGCUUCCAGAAAACUUUACACCGGAUUCAUGAACGGUUUCUAUUCCCCAGAAUUUUAGUACAACUUGUGAAUGUUAUUGAAUUCCAAACAUUCGAAAAAAGGGCGCUCGUGCAUGCAGGGACGGAUUAUGACUUGCAAAGGCCCCAGGACAAUUAUUUCAUAGUGGAUCUUGCAACCUUAAAGCCCAGGGCCCCCCCGGGCAGUUAAGGGCCCCUGCAGUCACUGGCCCCAUUGGCCUGGUAGGUAAUCUUAGUGUUCAUUCACAAUUAUCAUAAUCCACGCCCUUGAAAACACCAUAUAAGGAAGGCUUCAGACUCGCAUGUAAACGAGAAUAGGUAGCUUUUAACAUAUAUGCUAACAGUAAUAAAAAAACAUUUUAAUGGGAGUGCAUUAACAUCAUAAAGUACUGCAAACACUCGCAUCUACAAAGAAAGUAAGGAACUUACAGUAAUUUGCUGUCAUCAGAGAUUUUUUUGUGAAUUAGUCCAAGAGGUCAAUAAAAAUGGUUUGACAUGAAGCUUUAGUGUGAAAUAUGUUCAGUUCAUGCCGACAGGGGAUGUACAUCUCUGGUUCAUUUGAGCACAUCGCCAGCAUCAUCAUUGGAGAAACUACUUAAGUAAAUCCAAGAUUGUAUAUACUUCCCUUGCAACAGGAACAAUCUUCAAAUAAAUUGAUAGAAGGCCUGAAGAAGGUCUUUGACCUAAAAGCUUUUAAGAUAUUACAGUUUUUAAAGCUAUGA